UUCUCAGUCGGAGGGAUGAUUGGCUCUUUCUCCGUCGGGUUUUUUGUCAACCGCUUUGGCAGGCGAAACUCCAUGCUGCUGGCGAACGUUCUGGCCAUCGCAGCUGGCAUCUUGAUGGGCUUCUCCAAGCUGGCCAAGGCGGUGGAGAUGCUGAUCAUCGGGCGCUUCGUCGUUGGGGUCUUUUGUGGCCUCUGCACUGGCUUUGUGCCCAUGUACAUCAGUGAAGUCUCCCCGACUACCUUGCGGGGGGCUUUUGGCACCCUGAACCAGCUGGGCAUUGUGGUGGGCAUCCUGGUGGGCCAGAUCUUCGGCCUGCAUGUUAUCCUGGGGACGGAAACUCUCUGGCCUGUCUUGCUGGGGUUCACCAUCAUCCCAGCCCUCCUGCAGCUCCUGGCCCUCCCCUUCUGCCCGGAGAGCCCCCGUUUCCUGCUCAUCAACAAGAUGGAGGAAGAGAAGGCCGUCAAAGUGCUCCAGAGCCUGCGGGGUGUCCAGGACGUGUCCAGCGACAUCCAGGAGAUGAAGGAGGAAAGCGCCAAGAUGUCCCAGGAGAAGAAAGUCACCAUCCCAGAACUCUUCCGCUCCCCCAGCUACCGCCAGGCCAUCAUCAUCGCCAUCGCCUUGCAACUCUCGCAGCAGCUCUCGGGCAUCAACGCGGUCUUCUACUAUUCCACUGGGAUCUUCAAAGAUGCUGGAGUGGAGCAACCAGUUUAUGCCACCAUCGGGGCCGGCGUGGUCAACACCGUCUUUACUGUGGUGUCGCUCUUCCUUGUGGAGCGAGCGGGACGUCGGACCCUGCACCUGAUUGGUUUAGGGGGCAUGGCUGUCUGCGCAACCAUCAUGACGGUGUCCUUGGCGCUGAAGCGCAUAGUGAGGUGGAUCAGCUACGUCAGUAUUUUUGCCACUUUUGCCUUUGUGGCUCUCUUUGAAAUUGGACCUGGACCGAUCCCGUGGUUCAUUGUGUCCGAACUCUUCAGCCAGGGCCCUCGUCCUGCAGCUGUGGCGGUGGCUGGUUUCUGCAACUGGGCCUCCAACUUCCUGGUGGGCAUGCUCUUCCCCUAUGCAGAGAAAUUAUGUGGGCCUUACGUUUUCCUGAUCUUCGUUGCCUUCCUUGUCUUCUUCUUCUUCUUCACCUUCUUCAAAGUCCCUGAGACAAAAGGCAGGACUUUUGAAGACAUCUCCAGUGGGUUUGAGAGGCGAACCGCAAACGGCCUUGCUCCAGCGACUGGCAACAAGAGCUCAAUGGUGGAAUUAACUAGCAUUCAGCCCAAGGAAAAUGCCUAAUCCCGCCAUCCUUGCUUGUCUCUGAAAGGAGCUCUCCCUUGUAACCACUGCUGUGACCCCCCCAAGUCCUCCGUGUGUUUUCCUGGUCCUUGCCGGGACUUCAGUGCUCCGCUAGGACAAGGGAAAGGCGGCUGUUUGUCCUGCCGUUCUCCUUCCUUCCGGCCACGUACCUCUGGAGGACUGAGGGACGGCCGGCCCUUGGAGCUCCUUGAAUCCUUCGUUACCUUACGUGGAGGCUAAACCGUUUUUGUGUCGGUCGCUCAUGUCUUAAGAGGCCAGUUCCUUGUGAGUUAACCCUCCCUUCCUCCCGAUGUUUUACAGUGUUUCCUGCAGGGUGAAGUGCAACACACUGGAAUUUACUUCAAUGCCAG